UCCUUUUUGUCUGUAACCUCUGUUUUCUCUCUCCAGUUCACACAACUGUUUUUAUACCAUAUAUAGCCGCAAACUUCACUCUCAAAAAUUCUCUACUCUUCUUUCCUUUUCACUUCUCAUCUUCCUCUUUUUUUCUUUUUGUUUUGGGUUUUCUGGGUAUGGCCUCCAACUGCUUGGUUUUGUUAUUAGUUUUUGCGGUAGCCAUUGAUGUUUGCGCCGCUGAAUACCGCCGGCCGCCGCCGCGGAGGUCCCUUUCAGGGCUACUCUUUAAACAACUUGAUGAAAUUGAUCCCACUUCUCCACAACAGGUGCACAUAUCUCUGAGCGGUGAGAACCACAUGAGAAUAUCAUGGAUUACUUCUGAUCCAACCCCAUCAGUUGUUUACUACGGUACGUCUCCGGGAGCUAGUACUUCCUCCGCCAACGGAACUACCAAUAUGUACCACUAUGUAACAUAUCGCUCGGGAGAAAUACACAACGUGGUCAUCGGUCCUUUGAAGCCAAACACGGUGUAUUACUACCGUUGUGGUCUGAGUUCUUCGAUGGAGUUCAGCUUCAAAACUCCACCAUCUCUGUAUCCUAUCAAAUUUGCAAUCGUAGGUGAUCUUGGGCAAACUGAGUGGACAAGUUCGACCCUUGACCACAUUGCGAAAUCAAACUAUGAUGUAUUGCUAUUGCCGGGAGAUUUGUCUUAUGCUGAUAUGUACCAACCAUCUUGGGACACUUUCGGGCAGUUGGUACAGCCACUAGCCAGCAACCGGCCGUGGAUGGUUACACAAGGCAACCACGAAGUCGAGAAAAUCCCAGCCGUCCAUCAUGAGAGCUUUACAUCAUACAUUGCAAGAUGGUUUAUGCCUUAUGAGGAGAGUGAUUCAUCUUCAAACUUAUACUACUCCUUUGAAGUGGCUGGUGUUCAUGUCAUCAUGCUGGGAUCUUAUGCUGAUUUUGGGCCCGAAUCAGAUCAGUACCGUUGGCUGCAGGCUGAUCUGAGGAAGAUAGAUCGGAGAAAAACUCCGUGGCUAAUUGCUCUCAUACAUGCACCAUGGUACAAUUCUAAUGAAGCGCAUCAAGGAGAGCACGAGUCUGUUGGCAUGAAGACAUCCAUGGAGGAUUUGCUGUACCGUGCCCGUGUGGAUGCCAUUUUUGCAGGGCAUGUCCAUGCCUAUGAGCGCUUUGUGCGUGUCUACAAGAAUCAAGCCGACGAAUGUGGUCCCGUGCAUAUAACCAUUGGGGAUGGAGGCAAUCGCGAAGGUCUUGCUAUGAGGUUUAUGGAUCCACAGCCAAGAAUAUCUGCAUUUAGGGAACCAAGUUUUGGGCAUGGGCAUCUGAACAUAGUAAAUGCAACCCAUGCUCUAUGGACAUGGCACAUAAACGACGACAAUGUUGCGGUUGCAUCUGAUGAGGUCUGGUUGAGAAGCCUUGCAUCUGUCUCCGCUUGCUCUUAAAUUUUGAAUCAAAUGAAUAAAUGUUUGCAACACUAUUACCGCUUAUAUAACCGGUUCCUAGUUUGCUUGAUA